UUAAUAUUUCCAACAUGUCUACCUUUUUGUGAAGUUCUGAACCUCCUUUCAAUUAUUAGUGAGAUUUGUGUCAAAAAGAAGUUAAAGAAAAUAACGAUUGUUAUUUGCAAAUAACUAUUUAAUAUCAAAGACUUAUCUUUAAACAUCUAAUAGUUGUAUCUCAUUUAAAAUAAGAAGUUUCACAACUAUGCGUCGUAAAAGCGAACGCACCGCUACUAAAAAAACAAGAAGCUCUCCUGAACCUAAGGAAAAGGUUGAAAAAGUAAAGCGGACUAGAACACGUCGCAGAAAACAAUCGUCAUCUUCAGAAAGUGAGUCGGCUGAAGAUCCUGCUCCCAAAGAGACAGUCGUGGUUAGUCAAACCGAGACCAACGUCCCGCCAAAACCUGCAAAAGAAGACAGUCCCGAAGAGUCACAAGAGCAAGUAUGGCACGUUAAAGCUACUGAAAGUUCCGGGGAUGUUGGUGAAAUUAAAAAACUUAAAAUAUGUCUUGCUCGUCCGCCCUCCACACCAGAAAGGCCCGACAGAUCACCUAGAAGCAGAAGGAAGCAUUCACGAGCCACUAGCUCGAGUGACACUCAAAGUGUAGAAGGAGAGGAUAAGAAGAAGGCAAAACAUCGUUCUAAGAGAUUAACUGAAUCUAAAGAUAUGACAGACAAGAAUCAAGAUAGUCAAGGAGAUGAGGCAGAAGUAGCGUCACAAACAUCAUUGACGACGGAACCUGAGUCUACUGAAGUUAGUGAAAGCACACAACAAAAUAAAGCUGUAGCUGAUGAGACACCAAUGUCAACAACAACUGAAGAGGUUAAAGAUGACAAGGUAGAAUCAACGGAAUCAAAUGAAAGUAAAGAUACUGACCAAAAGGCUCAAGAAGAGUCAAAAGAUAAUGAAUCUAAAGAUAAGCCGUCUGAUGCAGAUACAACAGUUGUUUCUCCAAAAUCGGACGAUGACAAUGAUAAAGACAGUAACUCCCACAAAAAUGAGAGCCCAAUAAGAAAAAGGAGCCUGUCAGAAGAGAAGUCAGAAAUAUUAGAAUUACAUGCAGAUGAAAGUAGGAUGGAAUCUUCAGAGAUAAGUCUAAAUGAAUCUCAGGGAGAAGAUGCUAAAGCUACUUUAGAUCAGGACAAAGAUAUUAGCAGUGUUGUCUCAAAUGAGGUAAGUAUUAAUGAAAGUACAACUGAAAUUUCAGGGAAAAGAGAGUCUAAUGAUGAGGAUGUAAUAAGUAUUAAUAAAAAUGAUGUUGUAGAGAGCACUAAAAUUGUAGAAACAGGGAAGGCAAAAGUAGUUACCAUAGAAACCAAUGCUGAAGUAACUACUGAAACUACGGAAAUAAUACACGAAGACCAGAUAAAUGAGAAAGAGGAUAAUAACCAGUCUACUAAUGACAUUCCAAUGGUACAAACUAGUUCAGAAGUUUCAAAUAACAAAACCAUUAAGGAUAUUCCAGAAGAAGAAACCACUAAAAAUGAAUCAAAUGAUGAAAUAAUUGUAGAUGUUCCCAAUUGUAUAACUACUCAAGAUGAUGAAGUUCCUGAUAACAAAAUUAUCAAUGAAGAUAAGAAUAACCAAACUGCUCAAGAUGUUCCCAAUAUUAUAACUAAUCAAGAUGUCAUCAAUAACAAAAUUUCAGAUGUUUCUGAAGAUUUGCCUGAGACUAAAUCACAAGAAAUAUCCAGGAAUAAUUCUAUUCCAAAUAUUUCAAAUGACCAAUCUAUCCAAGAGGUUUCCAAUGAGCAAACAACACCAUUGGUAAUCAAUAGAAAAAGAAGAUGGGGUUCACGUCCAAGUAAAUUGUCCACACAAAAAUCCUUAACAAUUUCUACUGAUAUUCUGAAGGAGAUAAUACCUGAUGUUAAGCCUGCUGAGUUUGAUGAAGUUAUUGAAGAAAAGAAGCAUAAGCGGGUUGAGGUAGCUGCUAAAAUUGAAAGACCAGUGUUACCCAAAAUUAUUAUUGACAAUACAGAAAAUGUAGAAAUCCACAAGGAUCAUAAAUUAGAAGACAAGGAUAAGGAGAAUGUUAAAGCAAAGGAUUCAAAUCUCGCAUCAAUGAGGAAAAUAUCCAUUGUCAGAGACAGUGAUAAUUUUAUAUCAAGACCACCAAGUCCACCAAAGCAUAAACAGUCCAGCAUUCUGUAUAUAACAAACUUAGUGAGGCCAUUUACAUUGCCACAGUUGAAAAAUUUAUUACAGAGAACUGGAAAAAUUAUGGAGAAUGGAUUUUGGAUUGACAGAAUAAAAUCAAAGUGUUUUGUAAAAUAUGAAAAUGAAGAUCAAGCUGUUGAGACUCGUCACGCUUUACAUGGAGUAACUUGGCCGGUGUCAAAUCCUAAGACGUUGCAUGUAGACUUUUCAACAGACGAAGACUUUGACAAAGCUAAAGCGAAUGAAGACACGGAUAAUGCUCAAGCUUCAACAAUUCCUGGUACUGUUGAAGAUUGGCUACGGGAGCAAGAUUUAAAGAGAGAAAAAGGAGAAAUAGAAAAACCAUGGGAGAAGAAAGCAUCAAUGCGUGAGUGGGAUUUUGGCAAGAAUGAGAAGAACAAGGAAACCGGGCGACCAGACAAGAUGCUACGAGAUGAACGACCGCUUGAAAAAAGAAGACACCGCACUCCCGAAAGAAGUCCAGAACCAGCAAGGAAGUUUAAGAAAAAAGAGGAGGAGGCACCAGCCAAGUUAUUGGAUGAUUUAUUUAGAAAGACAAAAACAACUCCGUGCAUAUAUUGGCUUCCGCUUUCUGCGGAAACGAUAGCAAUAAAAGAGGAGCAACGGCGCCAACAUAUGGCGGAGCACGAGCGGCGGCUGCAGGAGCUACGUCGAACGCACCGCAGACAUUUGCAUAUUAUUUUUACAAGCUUAGUAUUUGAUUUUGACAAAAUCAAAUUAUCCUACAAUUAUUAUUUUAAUCGAUUAUAUUCGCGGGAAAAGAUGCAAACGUGGUUGGUGUUGGUGUCGCUGGUGUUCGCGGUCAGCGCAGAGAACCCUUUUACAUUGGAAGAGUUCGUUACGGGGCAGUUUGCACAAAGGGGUUUUACUGGAACAUGGAUAUCUGAUACUGAGUUCACAUAUACGAUAGCCGGUGAGCCGGGUAUCUAUGUAUUUGAUGUACCAACACUUUCUAGGAACGUGCUUGUAUCUGGAGAAUUAAUGAGUUUCCUGAACACCACCAGGCCUAUACUCUCAGAGGAUAGACGAUACAUUUUGGCCCCAAGCGAAGUAGAAUCGGUAUACAGAUAUUCGACAACGGCUAAAUUCGCUCUCUACGAAAUAGCUACAGGCAAUGUAAAAAACAUCGCAAAUCAUCAGCGACUACAACUGUGCAUAUUCGGUGGCGGGCAUUCCUUGGCGUAUGUGUUGGACAAUAACUUGUACUAUUUGCCGCAAAACUCCGACCAGCCUGUGCAGAUCACCAACGAUGGCAUCCCUGGAGUCAUUUACAAUGGCCAUGCUGAUUGGGUCUAUGAAGAGGACGUCAUGUAUACUGGAGAAGCGACCUGGUUUUCUCCUGAUGGUAAUUACUUAGCUUUUGCCAGUUACGACGAUACAUUAGUGGAAACAUACUCGUACUAUUACUACGUAGAUAAGAGUGAUCCAGAUGACUUGUAUCCUGAACUCGUUCAUCUCAAAUACCCAAAGGUUGGCCGUGUAAAUCCUAAAGUAAGUCUUCGUGUAGUCGAUCUUAGAACAGCAGCAACUACGCUUUCAUUCAUAAACCUAGAGGCCCCAAGCGCAGUCACCAAUGAUCACAUCCUAGGAGGAGUUACUUGGCCCAGUGCAACAGAGAUUGCUGCACAUUGGCUGAACCGCAGACAGAAUUAUACUGUUCUGAGUAUAUGCAAUGUAGUUACAUUACAGUGUGAGGAGGAACAUCGUUCGCAGUCUAAUGGUUGGGUACCUAUAGCUUUGCCCCGCUUCAGUAGAGCUGGAGACUUCUAUGUGUCCACUCGUUGGUCCUUGGAACAAGCGGAUGGAAACAUUUGGCAGCAUUUGUAUGUCAGUAUAAGACUCAAUGGAGAUAUUGUAUCGAGUUCCGUCACCCCUGGAGCAUUCACUGUGAAUAAUUUCGUUGGAAUGGAUGAAGAUAAUUUGGCUUAUUACUACACGCGGACGGUGACGGGCGCGCCGUGGCAGUCGCAGGUGCACGUGUCGGGCGCGCGCGCGGGCUGCCUCAGCUGCGAGCUGCGCCUGCCGGACGGCGGCCCGUGCGCGUGGGCCACGGCCACUGCCAGUCGCCGCGCCUCCUAUCUCACCAUCACCUGCCAGUCGCCCGAGGAGCCCUCCGCCACCUACAUUAUCGACCCAUUGACUCGUCGAACCUUAUAUGUUUGGGAGGACAAUCAGAUCGUACGUGACCGUCUUGUUGGUAAAAGCAGACCACAGAGUAUCAUAACGACGGUGCCUCUUGAAAACGGCUAUCCGGCACCCGUGAGGCUGUUCUUACCUCCUGGACUGAAUGUUAGUGACACUACCACGAAGUACCCGGUCGUGUUCUAUGUGUAUUCAGGACCGAACACCAAUACCGUGUAUGACACUUUCACUGUUGGUUACCAUUCAUACCUCACCACCAGCCGUAACACAAUUUACAUGUUGGCGGACAGACGAGGGGCAGGACUGAAUGGACAGGAAAUGCUAUAUUCCCUCAACAAUGCGCUUGGAACUGUUGAAAUCUUUGAUCAUUUUGUUGUUUUAAGACAAGUGCUAAGUCGCUACGGGUUCAUGGAUCCCGACCGUGUUGCCAUCUGGGGCCACAGUUACGGAGGUUACGCCACGCUUUUGACAUUGGUCCACGACGACCAGAAGAUGUUCCAAUGUGGCGUGUCAACUGCACCCGUCACCUCUUGGCUGUAUUAUAAUACAAUGUACACCGAGCGAUACAUGGGUGUUCCCACCGCUGAUGACAAUUUAUCUGGUUACGAAGCUGGUGAUGUCACAUUGCUGGCGGAGAAACUUCGAGGCAAGAAAUUCUAUGUCAUGCACGGUAAUGCGGACGACAACGUUCACUACCAGAACGCUGCCAAGCUGUUCAAGAUCCUCGCGGAACUUAACAUUCCAUUUGACCAAAUGUCAUAUCCCGAUGAAGCUCACAGUCUGGCUGGAGUCAACAUGCACAGAUACGGUACAAUGAACCGUUAUUGGGAAAAAUGCAUCGGUAUCCCCGAUGAAGCCGUAGCCGAAGAACGUAGUUCUAAUAAACCUAGAUAAAAAAAAAAAUUUAUGUCGUAACACCUCGUACAUUACAGAGACUAGUACAAGACUAGUUUUUGUGUAAAUUAAUGCUCCGUAUUCCAAUGUCCUUCACGCACUUAAUUAAAGCGCGAAAUAUACUUUUACUUCCACGUGUAUA